AUGGAUCGAUCCGACGCCAUCACCGAGAACCAAAUCGCAAUGGAGGGAGACGCCAUCAGCUCCCAGCGAGUCGCGAAGUUGCCACCACCACCUCCUCCACCACCUCCUCCACCUCCACCACCACCUCCACCACCUCCUCCACCUCAAUUGCCUCGCGACAUCAACGACCCUCCCACAGCAGCAGCGGCAGCGGAAUCAGCAACAACGACGUCAAUUCCCGCCACUGAGGCCUACACCGCCAUGCAGCCUGCGGCCUCUGCCCAAGCCGCGUCGCAUUCUGCGGGGGAGAUUCAGGCGAGGGUCGGUGGCGGCGAGGAGGAGGAGGAGGAAGAUGAUGAAGCGAUGGAGCUGCUGACCGUCAUGACCGUCGAUCUAAUCACCGGCUACGUAGCUCACCUGACGCAACAGCCGGAGCAGCGGCGGCAGCUCCACAAGCAGCAGGAGCAGCAGCAGCCUGUGCAUCAGCGACUGCUGCAGCAGCAGCAGCGGCAGCUUCAGGAGGUGCAGGAGCAGCUCCCGGAGUUGCAGCGACAUCUCGAGCUGGCGCAGCAGCAGCAGCGGCAGCGGGCGGAGACGCUCUGGCAGCAGCAGCUCCAGCACAUGCAGCAGGUGCAGCAGCAGCUCCAGCAGGUGCAGCGGCAACAGGAGCUUGUGCAGCAGGUGCAGGAGCAGCUCCAGAAGGUGCAGCGGCAACAGGAGCUUGUGCAACAGCUGCAGCAGCAACAGAAGCUUGUGCAGCAGCUGCAGCAGCAGGAGCUUGUGCAGCAGCAGGAGCCGCUGCAGCAGCAGGAGCUUGUGCAGCAGCAGCAGCUGCAGCAGCAGGAGCAGCUGCAGAAGCUGCUGCAGCUGCUACAGGAGCCUCCCAGCGGCUGGUGCGGCUUGCGUGCGGAGCGGCUGCAGGAGGCGUUCGACACCCGAGGGGACGUGUUGCUGGCGGAGUUCGAAGCCUCCAUCCCGGACUUUGUGAGCGGCGCGGAGCGGCUGGGCGAAAGUCUCGGGGCCUGCGGGCGGCUGGGAGACUCGGAGAAGACGCGGCCCCUGACGGACCUGGUGGCCGCUGUGCUGCUGGUCGAACGCAGAAGCUGGCUCAUGGAGCACGGAGGCUGG